AAGAAAAAGCGCUUCACAACGAUCAUUACAACGACGUCAUCUUCGUCGUCCUCCGCCUUCCCAUCAAAGCAGAAGUUAACCCUAAAACUACAAAACCCUAACCCUCAGCUGAUACCUCUACUCAGUCCUGAUGUCCGCUAUGGACGAGGACGAGCUCCAAAGCCUAACCCUAAACCCCACCCCUCCCAAUGAUCCACCUCCACCUCCUCCUCCCUCCAUCCUUCCCAUUCCCCCUCCAAUUGCGCCAUUACCCGUUCCCCGCUCUCGCACCGCCACCGCGGUCGCCUCAGAUUCCGACCGUGAAGGCUCCCUCCCCCCUCCCCGCACCGACGACUAUGAAAUUUCAGAUGAGAGUCGCCUCGCCCGGGAGCGCCAUGAGAAGGCCGUGCAGGAUCUCCUCAUGAAGCGCCGCGCUUUCGCCAUGGCUGUCCCCACGAACGACGUCUCAGUCCGAGCCCGCCUUCGCAGGCUUGGCGAACCAGUCACACUAUUUGGAGAGCGCGAGAUGGAGCGCCGUGACCGGCUCCGUGAAAUCAUGCUCAAGUUAGACAGCGAGGGACAGCUUGAGCGCCUUCUGAAGGCGCAUGAGGAGGAGCAGCAGGCAAUCACAGUGCCCGCGGAGGAUGAAGGGCCGCAGGUGUACCCAUUUUUUACUGAGGGGACUCAAGAUCUUUUAGAUGCGAGGAUGAAGAUUGCAAAGUAUUCGUUAGUUAGGGCCGCAGCGAGAUUAGAGAGGGCGAGGCGGAGGAGAAAUGAUCCAGAUGAGGAUGAAGAGGCCGAGUCCAUGGAGGUUGUGAGGCAGGCUGGGGAGUUAGUGCUUGAGUGUAGUGAGAUUGGUGACGAUCGUCCGCUAACCGGUUGUUCGUUCUCGCAUGAUGGAACUCUUCUUGCCACAUGUGCUUGGAGUGGAAUCACUAAAAUAUGGAGAAUGCCUCAAGUAUCCAAGCAGGCAACCUUGAAAGGUCACACAGAGCGUGCAACUGAUGUGGUAUUUUCUCCUGUGGAUGAUAUUUUAGCAACUGCAUCAGCUGAUAGAACUGCAAAACUAUGGAAAAGUGAUGGAUCUCUUUUGAAAUCUUUUGAUGGCCAUCUAGACCGGCUUGGUCGAAUCGCAUUUCAUCCAUCCGGAAAAUACCUUGGAACUGCUAGUUUUGAUAAGACAUGGAGACUCUGGGACAUUGAAGCUGGAACAGAGUUGCUUCUCCAAGAAGGUCAUAGUCGAAGCGUCUACGCCGUAUGCUUCCAUCCUGACGGAUCUCUAGCGGCAUCAUGUGGCCUCGAUUCGCUUGUUCGUGUGUGGGAUCUGCGCACAGGAAGAAGCAUUCUUGCCAUGGAAGGCCAUGUUAAGCCAGUUCUAGGAAUCUGCUUCUCUCCUGAUGGAUUUCGUUUAGCAAGUGGUGCAGAAGACAAUACUUGCCGUAUAUGGGAUCUGAGGAAGAGAAAAUGUGAAUAUACAAUUCCAGCGCAUUCAAACCUUAUUUCUCAAGUCAAGUAUGAACCUCAAGAAGGUUAUUUUCUGGCAACUGCUUCAUUUGAUACAAAGGCAGUGGUCUGGUCAGCUCAAGAUUUUAAGCCUAUUAAGACUCUCUCUGGCCAUGAAUCAAAGGUUACUGGAUUAGAUAUUACAGCAGAUGGACAGCACAUUGCAACAGUAGCUCAUGACCGCACCAUCAAGAUCUGGUCCAGUAGAAGUAAUGGAAAACCAAAGGCUAUGGACAUCGAAUAA